CAUUUUAUUUAGCCGGUAAAAAUGGCCGACUAUGGGCGACUGCCACUAGUGGCAGGUUUAUUUUUAUUUGUAUUUUUGACUUGGAGAGACUUGACGGUUACAGAACAGUCGUCACAUGUAGGAAAAGACAUUAAGGCACCAAAAUUCGCCGCUCAUUUAGCGGCUCCUACAAUCAAAUUUAUGUUUUGUUAUUCCUGAGGGUACAAGCGAGUCUUUGAGCAGUAUGCGCACGUACUUAAUGAGAAGUUCCCACAUCUGGCGGUCGAAGGAGAUAACUAUCCCCCUCCCCCGAUGCGGGCGCUUUUCGCUCAAGGACUCAGCGUCGUGAAAAUCCUCAUCAUCGUUAUGGUCGUAAUGGGCCAGAAUCCAUUCCCUCAUCUUGGCAUUGAAACACCAUCCAUUUACACCUGGGCUAUACAGAACAAAUUAUAUGCAUGUUUGAUGAUCUUCUUCAUAAGCAAUGCUGUUGAAGGACAACUGAUAUCCACUGGGGCCUUCGAAAUAAUGUUUAAUGAUGUACCGGUUUGGUCGAAAUUGGAGACAGGCAGAAUACCAUCGGCUGCAGAGGUGUUCCAGAUUAUUGAAAAUCACAUGCGAUUUGGGCAGGCCCAGUCGGCGUAGCAUGCAUGAUAAGAAAGAUAUCCAGAUGUCUGUGUUUAGCCAUUCCUCAUCCAUCAUCAUUGACCCAUAUUUCAUCAUCAUCGUUGUCUUUCAUCAUGUCAGCGCAUAAAGUGAACUGAGACUUGUCUUGAGUUACUGCCCUUGAAUACUCGCUCUCGGCAACAGAACACAAGAGAGUGACAGAAUGAAGGCAUGCAUGGAAAGUUGUUAUGGCAACUAGUGCAGGCUGGAUGUACGUAACAGAGAUCUUGUGCUCGGUUGUCAGGCCGUAUUCAUGGUGGAAUUGUUAUAUCUUCAUUUGCAGUCUUACUUGACAUGUGUCUUGGUACACUGUUUUAUGUAUUUAUUUCCAAUUAUAGUCAGUGAUUUUUCUAAGUCACUUUUUUAUAAUGUAUGCCAUUUGUCAUUUUUGUAUGGUGUUUGUAAAUUUUUAGGUUGCAUAUUUCCAGAUAUCUUUUGUUUGAUUAAGUUGAGAAAUGGUACAAUUAUGCCCUUUUAAAUACACAUCGUUAUUAGCAUCUUAAAAACUACAAUACCAUAUUAAAUUAUUGGUGUCUAAGUAAACCCCUACAGACGAGUACAGUAUUUAAUUACUAGAAGAUUGGAGUUAAUAAUAAUAGCUUAACACUCAUUUAUAAAUAUUGUGUGUCUUGUAUUGCUUUUUGUCAUGUUUUUUUUAUAUUUAAUUGAUUACUUAAAAAAUCACCACCAUGUCCCUGGUACUUUGUUACUUAGUUUUGUUGUCUUCUAUAUAAACAGUGGUAUAACCAAAAUUCCAAGAAGUUUGACUUGUGUCAAUUAUAAAUAUUUUGCUCAGUUUGUCCAACACUUAAGUUUAAAGUUUUAUACAGUUUGAACCUUUAAACAAAAAUACCUUGUUUUUUAGUUCCAAUACUAGCAGUUCGUUUAUGUAUACGGAUAAUGGUACAAAUGUUAUCAGUAUGAACCCACAAUUUAUUGAAACAAAAAUGCCUUGUUUUAAAGUUCCAAUAUAACCAGUGUGUAUAUGUAUAUACAGAUAAUGGUACACAGUUAAUUGGUGACACAAAUUGAUUAUCAAUUUAUGUACUAAUAAAUCUAAUCCAUACUUUUAAUUAUGUAAGAUUGAGAGUCAAGGCAUUAUUUCACAUAUAACAAAUAAAGUGCGCAUUAAUUUUGUAGAACUGUUUGAUAGCUGGUGAAUCAGAAUAUGCAUUUAAUUGUUUGACUCUUGAUUGCUUGUUCAUUUAUUUUUAUGUGUGUGUAUUUUGAUGCAAAUAAACUGUGUUCAUUUUA